CACGGCUCAACGCCUGCUCUACGUGAUAUUAUUGCAUUGAUUCCGUAACACGUGAAUUUCAGGCUCCUGUUAAGUCAGCACUGAACUGAAUUCGUCUGGACAGUUGGAUUUGUUUCGUCAGGAGGUCAAUUUAAAACUAGGUCUUGGCAUUACUAAGAUACGUGAACUGCUAAUGCUUGACGUAGAUCUAGUACAAAGAACUCGAAAACUAGAAGGGCAUUGUUCCUGUGAAUUGAAUGAAGAGACUUUGUCCAGUGAAUUGUAGGCAACUUCAUUACAGGGUAUUUUGAACUGACACUAAGGUGGACUUGUGGAAAUCUGAAGCUUACGACAGACUCGACGGGCAUUGAAAAUGUCUGAUAUCCCCAGUGACUGGUUGUGGAUCGUCAUCCUCGCUUUUAUCAUAGCAUUCCUACUUGCCUUUGGUAUCGGGGCCAAUGACGUGGCCAACGCAUUUGGGACAUCUGUUGGCUCUAAGGUGAUAACCCUUCUCAAGGCUUGCAUCUUGGCGUCUAUCUUUGAGGUGUUGGGAGCAGUGUUGAUAGGUUAUAGAGUGUCUGAUACAAUACGGAAGGGUAUUAUAGAUCCUAUGCAAUAUAACAAUUCCGAGAAACUGUUGGCUAUGGGAAACCUUUCAGCUUUAACAGGUUCCUGUAUAUGGAUGUUUAUAGCAACCUUGCUGCGUCUUCCUGUAUCAGCUACUCACAGUAUAGUUGGAGCCACCAUUGGAUUCAGCCUUGUAGCCAAGGGCGCUCGCGGUAUUGGCUGGGGAAAACUAGGGUUUAUAAUUGGUUCCUGGUUUUUAUCCCCUGUCACGUCUGGACUUAUUUCUGUUUUACUGUUUGUGUUAGUGAGAAGAUUAGUUUUAAACAAGGACAAACCCCUUGAACCGGGCCUCAAGAUGCUUCCUUUGUUCUACGCAUUUACUGUUUGUGUCAACGCGUUAUCUGUCUUUCUGGAUGGAUCCGAACUUCUUUACUUUGACAGGAUACCAAACUAUGGUGGCAUUAUCAUCUCUCUGGGCCUGUCUGUCAUUGUCGCAGUAGUGGUUAAGGUUUGUGUGGUACCUUGGAUGAGGAAAAGAAUAAUGGCAGGCGAAGAUAGCAAGUCUAAGGACGGGAAGACAAUGGACAAGAUUGGCGACAUCGUGAAGACAGAGAUCAAAUCCAAACAGACAACCAAUUUCUUAGAAAGAUUUAAAAGAAAAAGUAAAAAUUAUAACGGUAAGAAUGGUUUAAACCAAGCUGAUCGUGGAGACUCUAAAAUGCUUGAUAGAAAUAAGGCUGAUGAAGAUGGUCUUUGGAAAACUGAUGGUGAAAAUGGCUUAAACUGUAAAGAUGUUCAUUUUGAAAUUCAACCUUUGAAGACCUCAAAUGAUAAAGACAAUUUGCUAGGAAGCACAACUCUAGGUCAUGUUUGCAAAUCAGGACAUGUGAAGGAUGUCAAAAUUGUCAGCGAUGCUGAGGCAGCUCAUUGGAAAGUUGACAAGAAACAACUGGGACGAGAAAUGAUUGAAGACAAGCCUGAAACCAAAAUACUGUUUUCUUUCCUUCAAAUUCUGACAGCUAUUUUUGGCUCCUUCGCUCAUGGUGGCAAUGACGUCAGCAAUGCCAUUGGCCCAUUGAUUGGCGUUUGGAUGAUCUGUAAUGAAGGCAGUGUUGCUCAAAAGGCACCCACGCCAAUAUGGAUUCUGGUCUACGGAGGAGCUGGCAUAAGUUUUGGUCUCUGGAUUCUUGGUCGGAGAGUCAUCCAGACAAUAGGAGAAGAUUUGGCUAAAGUUACACCUUCCAGUGGUUUCUGCAUCGAGAUUGGCGCAGCCACAACAGUCCUGUUAGCCUCGUACCUAGGACUGCCCAUAUCUACCACCCACUGUAAGGUUGGCUCCAUCAUAUUCACAGGCCGAGUGCGGUCCAACGAGAACGUGGACUGGUCACUGUUCAGAAACAUAUUCAUCGCCUGGGUCGUCACCCUACCGGCAUCAGGCGCACUAAGUGCUUUGAUGAUGUUCCUGCUGGAGCGAUUCGCCCUUUAGUUUCCGACACCAAAAAAAAGUUCUUCGGAUCUUAUUGCAAUAUGCAUUUUUUAGUGAAGUGGGUACAAAAAAAAACGGUGACAGCAUUUUCACAGCUUAUUCCAAGCUGAAGCAAUUAGUAAUAUCAUGAUGCAUUCUUUGAUCGUGAGAAUUCCUACUUCCCAGAUCAUCAUGACCUAUUUAAAUAGGCGAAACUAUUGUCUUAUUGAACGUUUGCAAAUGUGCCUUUCAUAUGCCACAGUUUCCCGCAAAGAAAGAACUGGGCCUCAAAUUAUCGUUAUUGAAGUCACUACAGGACAAGUAACGUUGAAUGGGAUUCUAAUUUCAUGUAUUUCGUUGUUUCUAAGCUGGAUUUUAAACACUAAAGACAAGAACGUCUAAUGGUUUAUCCAUUUAAAAACAAUAAUGGCAUCAAAUGUCUUAAGCUUUUACCUACGCUGAAGUUAUGUAGCCUUGAGAUCUUCGAUGAAAUUAAUUGUUAGUUUAAACACAAAAUAUUGAAUAUCCAGGUCAGUGAGUCGAGAGAGAGGUAGUGAAUAACUUUUAGUUUUAUAGGUUAGGGACUUUUAGAAACAAUUAUUAUAUGCUCGGGGACGAGCCGAGCAAUUCAUCUUUUUUUUUUUUUAAUUUUCUGUUCUUUGUUAUGGUUGUUGCUGUUUUGUAUUUUUAUAGAACAUUAUUUUUUACAUGUGUGUCCACUGCGGCUACCAGCAGAACAUGGUUACUGUAAGGAAGUAAAACUACUUUUCAUUUGGCAGAUGUCUGUGGCAUUUUACGUCUCGUGAGACGAUCUUUUCCCUUUGCAACCUCUUGUGUGACUAAAGAGGCCAAUCCUUGAUACACAGCUGCGAUCAUAGGUUGGGCAUAUAAAAUCACCAGGCGCCAUUGCAUUUUCACCCUUCUUUCUGCUUCUGUUGUGUAUGACAUCUGCAAUCUGUGACCCUUCCUUUAUGCUCUCUCUCCAUGUGGAUCUGUCCAGUGCCACCUCUUCCCAGUUGCCAGUGUCGAUUUUGAAGAGCUUCAUGUCGCGUUUGCAUACAUCCGUAUAACGUAAAAGUGGGCGACCAGCGGCUCUCUUGCCUUCAAUUAGAUCGCCAUACAGGAUGUCCUGUGGAAGUCGACCUACUGGCAUUCUACGAACGUGGCCAAGCCAGCCAAGGCGUCUGCUGCUGAUAACAGAGCGGAUGUCCUGGCAUCCUGCUCUAUGUAGCACUUCCUCAUUUGUUAUCUUAUCUUGCCACCUUAUUUUAAAGAUCCGCCUUAGGCAUCGGAGGUGGAAGACAUUCAGCUUUUUUUCCUGCCUUGAGUAGGUUGACCAUGUUUCACUUCCGUACAGCAAGGUGCUCAACACACAGGUCCGGUAGACUAGGGCUUUAGUACUGCUAGUCAGCAAUAUGUUGUCCCAGACUCUUUUCUGCAACCGUGACAUGGUGGCCAUUGCCUUGGCUAUACUGUUGUUUAUGUCUUUAUCCAGUAGAGUGUUGUUGGAUAUGAUGUACUGGGUCGAAUACAUAUCAAGUAAUGGGGAAUUUACGGAGCGAUCCUUUUUUUUUCAAGAGCUUACAGAUUCAGUCAGGCUUCAGUUUGCUGACAUAGGGUAAAGUAGACGGGUAAAGAAGAAUUGAACUAGACCCCGUUGGAUAAUACAAUUGGCUGCAGCAGGUGUGACAAAAUAUGCAGGUCUCAAAUGGGUCCACAUAGUCACGUGAAAUACUGCUGUCGUUCUUAGUUUACCAUUCCUUUUUUUUUAUUAUAAUGUGGCGUAGAGGCCAAAUCAGAAGCUUGACCGCCGAAUCGAUGGAUCACGAGCAAAAAUCCUAGCGAAGAAGGGGAGUUUUGAAAUUCUGGAGUCUCAGAAUAUCUCUGGGUAACUGACAUUAGUUGGGGAAAGUAAAGGCUGUUUGGUCGUUGUGCUGGCCACAUGAACUUCCCUCGAGGAUGUCAAGGUCUGAAUGGAAAACGUUUCCUACAUUUUAAUGUCAAAUGUACGUGAGAUAGGGUCACAUUAGGAAGCGCUCUUUAGCUGUGUAUUUUAGAUGACUAAAGGCCGCGUUUUAGCUCUGCAACAUCAAACUCUUUCGCUUUGAGCGCAAACUAAUUUUAAUGAUUGAGUUGGCAGCUGUGAUCCUUUUAUAUAACGUCCUUGACAUUGUUUAUAAUCGAAAAUUUGUUUGUUAAAAUCACCAUCCAAAAUUAAUGAGUGACGGUUUUUUUUUUUGUUCAGAUGUGUUAUGCUUCUUUUGUAAUUGUAAUAUUUA